AAAGCCCGAUGCGAUUUUGCAAAAUUAUCUUUCAUCCUUGCACUUCAGUGAGUUCCACGACUUAUCUUUUGGUUCCUUGACUCACUGAAGUGCAAGGAUGAAAGAUAAUUUUGCAAAAUCGCAUCGGGCUUUUUGAAGUGAAUACGUGCAACAGAACAGUGAUAAAGAAAGAAAAAAGCUUCUGUGAAGAAGAAAAAAAGAAAUUAUGAGAGAACGAAAAAAUAUAUUACGUAUAAUUAUUCUACAGAUAAUAGGACUUCUGCUCCAUCAAAUUUUUCGAAAUAUCAUUUAGUCAAAGAGAGGCGGGAAUUUCUUAGUUAUCGCUUUUUUCGUUCGAUGUAUUGUCCUAACUCGUCUCUUUCAAACAGUACCUGAACCAAAAAAUUCAACCACUAACUUGGCUGGGUGGUUUUUGAGAAAUUUGAAAAAUACGGAGCAAUACUAGAAAGUUGAAUUCUUUUUAGAAAAGUUAAGAGUAGCAAAAGUAAAUGCCGUACUAACUUUUGAUAAAAACGUUUUAAAAAAAUCUAAAUAAAUGGUUAGUCUCCAUUUUGUUAGGGCUUUCAAAUGAGAUAUAUAUGAGCUCAAUCGGGGACCAUCAGGUGCCGGCUAUGGUCGGCCUUUUGGUGGACUCUCUCUUAAAAAACUUCGGUCGUUUUGUUGAAUUGUAUUCAUUUGGUUCGGUUUUUUUGAUGAAUAAAAAGAAGAAGAAAAAAAACUAUAGCAUAAUACCACCAACACUAUCGCUAUAGACGCGACCUGAAUGAGCGGUUUGGGCGUAGUCUGCCGCGAGAAUACUUAACUCGAAGCUGUGACCCAGGCGACUGUAGCACAUUUAAUUAAUUCCGAACAUGGAAAUGUUUAUUCUGUUCGAUUUGAAAUGGGACAAACUACAUCUUUACAAAGGGCAAAAACACUUACAUGAAAGAUUUCUUUUUAUUUGAUUUAUUUGAUUUUUGAAGAUUUUUAGACAAAUAAAGUAAUGAGUACAUUUGUUCAACAGACAACACGUCCACGUCAUACAUCGUCUUUAUCAAUUCCAUCUAUAACACCAGUCGAAGAACAACCAUCAACAACAAAUCGAGUUUUUGGAACAUCGCCUCUAUUCUAA